AUGCACCACAUGCCUAGACUUAUGCACCCCCCCCCCCUCCUGAUUGCAGCGCCCCCUUUCCUACCUCUAACCCCCCCCCUUUUGAUUGCAGCGCCCCCUUUCCUACCUCUAAACCCCCCCCUUUUGAUUGCAGCGCCCCCUUUCCUACCUCUAAACCCCCCCCUCCUGUUUCCAGCGCCCCCUUUCCUACCUCUAACCCCCCCCUUUCUGAUUCCAGCGCCCCCUUCCCUACCUCUAGCGCCGCCCUUAACGACCCCAUCCUCCUCCUCAGCACCCGCCUUCUUGCCUGGAGCUUUUACCGACCUCCAGAGCCCCCCACAACAGCCCCAGUCUGGAGGCGGUUUGUCUGUGGGAGGGAAGGCUGGCAUUGCUGUGACUGUUGUGAUGCUGCUCAUCUUUGGCGUGCCAACGUGGUGGACAAUCCAGAAGAAACGAGCAGAACGUGGAACAGGAAAUGGCAUGAAUGAAGAUUCUGAGGAAGCAGCAGUGGCAGCGGUGGCAGCAGCAGCAGCAGCAGCAGCAGCAGCAACACCACCACCACCACCACUAGCAGCAGCAGCAAUGGGGUCCCAGGAUCAAUACGUGGCAGUGGAGGUGAGGGAGAUGGCAUCGAAGCACCAUCCGCAUCUCGUCCGCCUGCUGGGCUACUGCAUCGACUUCAACCCAUCCACACGCAACAUAGAGCAGAUCCUCGUCUACCAGUACAUGGAGAACCACGACCUUGAGAGCUGGAUCGGACCCCGUGCCUCCCACCCUCUUUCCCAGAUGUGCUGA